ACGCAGACUAAAAAUCUCCCUGAAGCUUGACGGUUCUCGAUUCGUAUUUCGCCGAAUUUACAUCGAAUUUUUCCAUUAGUCGUGGAUUAUUUUCCUUCAUUUAGCUUCGUUGUGACUAGAAGAACAUUUUGGUGUCGAAUUUAUUCGGUAUAAAGCGUCAAUCUCGUGGUAAUUUGGAGGAGUUGUCACUUGUAGUAUUUGUAGGUAUAUGAAGUGACGUUCCAAUGAUGUCUCUAAAGCCAAGAAAUGUGGACUUCCAAGAGACUUGGGCCAACCUUAAGGAAACGGUGGCCGGGGUGGUGGGGCUGAAGUCUGUGGAGCGGUCAGUGUGGAACACGCGUUUCUCUGACGUGUACGCAUUGUGUGUCGCACACCCGGAGCCUCUAGCCGAUCGGCUUUAUGAUGAAACCCGGAACUUUCUAGAAGAGCACGUGGCGGGGCUGCUACAGCGCGUGCGCGGCUCCGCGCCCCUCGAGAACAACGACCACAAUGAUGGACUGCUCGCCAGAUACGUGUCGGCGUGGCGAGAAUACAGCCAAGGUGUGGCUUAUCUCAACAGCCUCUACUCAUAUCUCAACCUACAACACGUCAAACGACAGAAGGUGUCGGAUGCGGAGAUAAUAUAUGGCUCGGCGGCCACAGUCAGUUGUCCAGAACACGAUUCACGCCAGUUGGAGGUGGGCGAGCUGGGGCUGGUGAUCUGGGAGCGCGUGCUGGUGCGGCCGCUGUCGGCGGCGCUGUCGGGGCGCGUGGUGUCGGCGCUGGCCGCCGCGCGGCUGCAGGCGCCCGACCCCGCCAGCGCGGACAUCCUGCGCACCGCCAUCCACAGCACCGUGGAAGUGCAAUCGUUCCUGGUCCGCGGCGGGCUGGUGCUGUACCACCAGCUGGUGCUGGAGCCGUACCUGCAGGCGGCUGCCACCCACCACGCAGCCUUCGCGGCGGCGCUGCUGCACGGCGGAGACGUCAGCCACUACAUGCGGCACGUGCUCGAAGGUCUUGAGCGCGAGAUAGCUUUAGGCAACAAAUUCCUUCACUCGUCUUCCACUGAGGCGGUCCGUAGUUGCUACGAGCGCGCCGCGGUCGCUGCCCACCUCCCUACGCUCCACGCCGACACCGAGCGGCUGCUGAGAGAGGCCUGCGAGGAGGGACCACAGGCCCAGCAGCGCCGCGAGGAUCUAAAACGCAUGUACACGUUACUUCGGCCGCUGCCCGGCGGGGCGCUCCGCCCUCUGGUGGACGCGGCGCACGAGCAGGCCGCCCGCGAGGGCCACGCGGCGCUGCGGGGGACGCUCAACAAGGACGAUGCACACAUACACUUCGUGAACGCUAUGCUCGCCCUUCAUGGCAAGUAUAGCAAACUGUUCAACGAGGUGUUCAGCGGGGCGCAGGCGUUCAUUGGUGCUUUAGACAAGGCGUGCAGCCUGGUGGUGAACGCCCGGCCUGCGGCCGAGCAGCCGGCGCGCGCCCCCGAGCUGCUGGCGCGCUACUGCGACUGCCUGCUGCGCAAGCGGGCCGCGGCCGACGCCGACACCGACGACAAGCUGGCCGCCGCCAUCGUGGUCUUCAAGUAUGUGGACGACAAGGAUGUGUUCCAGAAGUACUAUGCGCGUGCGCUGGCGAGACGACUGAUACACCAGCUCUCCGCUUCUAUGGAACAGGAGGAAGCAAUGAUCAACCGUUUGAAAGCGGCGUGCGGUUACGAAUUCACGAACAAACUGCAUCGCAUGUUCACCGACGUGGCAGUCAGCGCAGAUCUCAACGCGAAGUUCCAGGCGCAUCUCAGGGAGACCAUGCAGCGCUGCAGCGCUGGGUUCAGUGUGCAGGUGCUGCAGGCGGGCGCGUGGCCGCUGGGCGGCGCCAUGGCCCCGCUGGCCCCGCCGGCGCAGCUGGAGCGGCCGGCGCGGCUGUUCGAGGCGUUCUACCGCGCCUCCUUCAGUGGCCGCCGCCUGGCCUGGCUGCACCACCUGUGCACCGGCGACCUGCGCACCAGGUACACGCCGCGCGUCUACCACAUCAGCGCCACCACGCCGCAGUGCGCGCUGCUGCUGGCGUUCGAGCGGGCGGACUCGUACCCGGCGCGGGAGCUGCGGGACACGCUGCAGCUGGAGGGGGACAGCUGGGCGAGGCACGUGCGCCCGCUGCUGGAGACGCAGCUGCUCACGGCCACCGGUGAUGUGGAAUCCGAGGAUGGGGACGCAACCUUAUCGCUCAACCUACAGUUUUCCUGUAAAAGAACCAAGCUGAGGUUGACUCAAGCUAACACACCGACACAUCAGGGCGGCGUGGGCACCGGUGCGUCCGGCGAGGCGGCCGAGCAGGCACACUGCGACGACGACCGUAAGAUGUACCUGCAGGCCGCACUCGUGCGCAUCAUGAAACAACGGAAGGUGUUAAGACACACAGAACUAAUACAGGAGGUGGUGGCGCAAGCGAGGGGAUCCUUCGCCCCAUCGGUGGCCAUGAUAAAAAAGUGUAUCGAAGCUCUCAUAGACAAGCAAUACUUGGAGCGAGCGCCGGGCGCCCUUGACACAUACUCCUACCUCGCUUAGUUACUAGCACUUGCAAACCUGUACAAACGCCUUAUAACCCGUAGAUGAAUAAAUGGGUGAAUAUCAAAAUGUGUCAAGUUUGGUGGCGACUGUCAUAUAACUUUUUCGUGAAAAAUUGGGGAAAUUGGGAAAAUUGGGAAUUGAAAAAUUCCUUUUUCAUGUCGGAACCGAGGAUCCUUUUGGAUCUUUUUCAUGUCGGAACCCAAUUUUUCACGAAAAAAUAAUGUGAAAUUUCGCCACCAAACUUGAAAUUUUGAGAUUCACCCAAAUACUACAAUGACGGACUUCCCAGGCGACUUUCCCUAAAAAAACACGGUGGCGCUGUACGGUCACGAGCAUCCGCCUUGACAAGCCUGGGUAAGAACCCUAAGUCUCUAGUACAAAAGCCGAUCCCACUAAUGAACAUAAACCAACAAACUUGCAGCUAUAAAGGAGAAUGGGCGAAACUGGUCCAAGAACCUCCACUGAUGAGACUUUAAUGAAAGCUUAUACUUUCCCUAUGAUUCUAGCAAAAUUCUAUCAGAUUCUGUCCCGGGGUUCUUUUUCUACGGCCGUGUUUGUCCUCGCUAUGUAGAUUUAGUUACUGAGCAACAAAUCUUGAGUCGAUUUUAGUCCCUCACUGUAUUUUAUCACAUUUUUAGCCAGGACAAACAUGGCUGUAGAAAAAGAACCCCGGAACAGAAUCUGGUAGAACUUUGCCAGAAUCAUAGGGAAAGUAUAAGCUUUCAUUACAUAUAAGUCUCAUCAGUGGAGGUUCUUGGACCAAGUUUCAUACAAAUGUGCCCAUUGUCAUUUCAAGUGACAUUUUUCAUGUGACAUGCAACGUAUGGUCACGAGCAUUAAUAUGUAUACACUUUGGUACCAUGUCACAUUAACUUUUUUGCCAAAUUGAACUGUAAGUCUCACUAAAUGUCAAAUGUGUUAGUGCGACAGAGUCCUAAAGUGGGUACAUUAUAUUGCUCAUGACUGUACACCCCUCCUAAAAGGUUUGCCGGUUAGCCCUACUUUUUGGGUUAAUGGUGCGCCGACCUUGGCACCAAGGUUGUACGAUCUCGUUUGUUUUAAUGACUAACGUCGGUGAUAGUGGCUAUUUACUCGUACUGUCGUCUAUAUUCACUUUGGUACCAUGUCACAUUAACUUUUUUGACAAAUUGAACUGUAUGUCUCACUAAAUGUAAAAUGUGUUAGUGCGACCGAGUCCUAAAGUGGGUACAUUAUAUUGCUCAUGACUGUACAGAUUUGCCUCCGUUCAACCUUCUAAUCAGAAUAAAAGACAAUGCAUCUUUUAUCUUUGUUUUUACAUACAUGGCCAAUGUUAUUACACCCAGGCACAACACACCUAUCCAUUAUUAUUCUGAUCAAAAUAAAGAGAAGCAAUAUAGGUAGCAACAUAAUUCUACGUAUACAUAUCUAAUCACCUUACGAGAAGAGCUUACAUGGAACAGAUUAAGGAAAAGGUUAACGUCGUGUCUUAUAGGGAAGUCAAGGAAUUGGCCUUUGAUAGACUGGAAUGGAGAAUGCUACACCGACAAGAGCGUGGCUCUUAAAUUGAUGAUGAUGACAUAUCUAAUCCAAAUAUCAAACAGCAACAUAUUUUGGAGAAAAUAAGUAAUUGACGCCGAUUCCUGCAGACACCUCCUAAUUUUACUUUAAGUUAUACCUGUCAUUUUCUUAUCCACCGAAAGGGAAAGGGACGGACGAUUGACAGCUCUUAAUUUUAGGAAGAAUGAGUAAAUGAAUGGAUAACCCGGGCGAAUCAAAAAGGUAUCUCGCUGGUAUGCAAACCGUUUGACGUGUGCUGUCAACUUAAUUCUGUCGGGUUAUUGGCCAGUGUUAAAUUUUUAGACGGUUGUUUUAGAAUUGUGCUUAAAAUUGACGUGUGUUCCAUAAAUUUUAUGCUUGUCGAUUAUCUGUCUUAUAUAAGUCUUCUAUAACUUAAAAUAUAAUUAGAUGGUGUUUCAAAUUCAAAAAUAUCUUUAUUCAGUAGGUAACAUAGUUACACUUUGAAUCGUCAAUUUUACAUAGCCGGGGAAAAGAAGCUGCAAGAAAAACCUCGGCACAGUCAUGUUUACAGGAAUUAGCACCAUUGUCAUGUUAAAUCUAAACAGCGCCAUCUAUAUUGUAUUUGGAGAACGUAGCCUGGAAAGUCUCCCAUUGAAUGAAUGAAUGAAAACAUAAUAACUUAACCAUAGACCUCGUAUAACAAAUAGACAACAAAUCUCUAAAAAAAGUGUCCACGGCGCAUGCGUGUAACGACACUGUACAAACGUUUUUGCACUUAAUUUGAACAACCGUAACAUCUUAAUUUGAGGUAACGAAGGUAUACUAAUUAAAACACAAAAUAACGGGUUCUUACCGCGUUUAAAUGGGGAUAUGAGACUCCCGAUAUUUCGACACUGUUGCAAGCGGGAUGACAUCCCGUGAUCAUGGCACUUGCAACAGUGUCGAAAUAUCGGGAGUCUCAUAUCCCCAUUUAAACGCGGUAAGAACCCGUUAUUAUGUGUUUUAAUUAUGAUAAUAACCGCGUAAACUUAAAAAACAAAAAAAAAAGAAGUUAUACUAUCUACAUAACUUAAUGUACAGUCGUGAGCAAUAUAAUGUACCCACUUUAGGACUCUGUCGCACUAACACAUUUGACAUUUAGUGAGACUUACAGUUCAAUUUGUCAAAAAAGUUAAUGUGACAUGGUACCAAAGUGUAUAGAUAUUAAUGCUCGUGACCGUAUAUAUCGUGGCCAGAUCUUAAAAUUGAUCGUUUCAUGAUGUGUUCAACCAUUGCAUGAACGGCCUCCGUGGUCCAGUGGUUGAGCGUUGGACUCACGAUCCGGAGGCCCCGGGCUCGAAUCCCGGUGGGGACAUAUCACAAAAAUCACUUUGUGAUCCCUAGUUUGGUUAGGACAUUACAGGCUGAUCACCUGAUUGUCCGAAAGUAAGAUGAUCCGUGCUUCGGAAGGCACGUUAAGCCGUUGGUCCCGGUCGCUAUUUACUAAUGUAAGUACGUAGUCGUUACAUGAGCCAUGUUAGGGGCUUUGGCGGCUCAGUAAUAACCCUGACACCAGGGUUGAUGGGGUUGGUAUUCUACGUCACAACCCACAUGAUAAGAAGAAGAUGAAAUGGUCAUAUUUCAUGAAAUAGCCAACUUAACUUGACCAUAUCGUUGAAACGUCAACGUUUAAUGAUAUAUCAAUCAACGUUUGGCCAUAUCGUUAAUGCAGGCGGUGUCCAUGCUAUGUGGUGUAAUAAAAAUGCGAAUAGUCGAUUAAUUUCUUAGGUUCAAAAUUAUUUACCUAAUCGAUAUCGAUAUGAAAUGUUGUACAAUUACAUCGAUAAGAAUAUCAAUCAAGUUUGAAAUAUAAUCGACACUAGCGCCACUACCGGUGGAAAAUGUUACUAAUUUUAUGAUAUGUUUGCCAACUUUUGGCCAUAUCAUGAAGUAAUCAUGCAUUUAAUUGCUCAUAUCGUUAAACGUUUUGUGUUGAUGAUGUGGCCAACGAGUGAUAUUGUAUUAGUGAUAUCGAAAUGGUCAUAUUUCAUGAAAAAGUUUGUUGUAUAUUUCAUAGAAAUAGAAUGUAAAUCCACCGCAGGCUUCGCCAGUACCAACAUUCAUAUUUAAGGGCCAUUGAAAUACUAAAUGAAAUAUCACAUAAUCUAGAUCUGUUCACAUGCUCAUUGACUGAGUUCCAGAGAGUAGCGUUUGAAGUACUGUGUCGAAAGUAAGAUUGUUGUGAUUGUUUUUUAUGUUAAUUGUUCUUUCUUUCUAAUAUCGCUAUCAUUAUCGCAUUAGGUUAAGUGAAACCUGUAAUGAUGAUGUUUUUAGCUAAUAGUAAUAAAUAAAUAAAUAUUUAAAAAAAGGGAAGACACAUUGAAAUCAUACAUAAUAAAAUCUGCACAAGCUUCGUCAAAAUACAAAAACGAAAACCACAACAGGCUUCGUCCAAAACUACCUACUCUAGAAGUCCACCCGGGACCGCUUCCAGCUCAAAGCUACCCAUUAAACUGGCCACAUUUCCACGUUGAACAACAGUGGAAUGCGCAUGAGAAAUGAUCGAACACAUCAUGAAACGAUCAAUUUUAAGAUCUGGCCACGCAAUAUACGUACUUAAAAACGGUACGGACGCUUUUUUUUUUAAUCCUUGGCGAAUGUGAGUCUAUUUGUUUAUAGGAUGUCAAGUUAACAAAACUAUGGAAUUAAGAAUAAUAUUACGUAAAGAAUCACAGUAUAGAACGGUAACUGUCUACGCACCUCACUAGAGGGUCGCAGGGAGGGGAGGGUGUCGCCGGUCAUUCACCCCUCGCUCGUCUUGUUGGCAACACUGACGGAGAACUCUACUUCUCUCUGCGCGACUUUUUGGCGGGAACGGACACGGAACGGUUGCUUUCUUCAUCGAAUAACCUAAAUAAUCAACACGAAGUGGUGUUUUGUGGUUAACGAUCGCAUUAAGUUAGUCGGUAAACAUUCGCGAUAGUGUUAUUAUAUCGGAAUCACUACAUAGUAUAAAAACAAAGUCGCUUUUUCUGUCCCUAUAUCCCUAUGUACGCUUAAAUCUUUAAAACUACGCAGCGGAUUUUGAUGCGGUUUUUUUAAUAGUGAUUAAAGAGGAAGCUUUAUAAUAUGUAUAAUAACAUCCAUUAAUCAGUGGAGAAAUACUGUUAUUUUUGAGGUUUUUAAUGUGAUGUCGUAAAUAAUUUCAUUUAUUGCUCUGCAUUGCACCCGAGCGAAGCCGGUGCGGGUCGCUAGUAUUCAAUAAACAAAGUGUACCUAUCUAUUUUCGAUUCGUGCCAACAAGCCGCUUCAUAACUCGAAAGUUUAUGCGGACUUUUGAGUUAGUUCGUUUGGUGUUCGGAGUAGGAGUCUGCUCCGAGGAUGGGGGCUUUUUUCAUCAUUCAUCGUCAUCAUCUUUCAUCAUUUCAUUAUUCAUCAUCAAGAAAUAAAAUACAUAAGACAUGGCUGUAUGGGCGUAGUUCCCUUUUGCCUUGGCCUUCGGGGAAAACCAAACAACAACAACGAACAAACAAUAUUGCUUCUUUAAAUAGCCCUAAUAAAUAGGCGGAGACCUACCGUUUUAUACGUAGUAUUAUUCCUUAUUCUACAGUCGACGUAUGCAAUCGAUAUUAUAGAAUUUUUAAUAUAUUUAGUACAGAAUAAAGAUAGACAGUAUGUUAACAUUAUGAUGAGUUGUAUGAACUUUUUUACUAUAGCAAUAUAAUGGGACAUCAUAUGGACUUGAAACUGGGACUUUUUUGUAUUAUCUAUCAUCGCUGCCCAGCCCAAUGGGAUGUAGGCGUGAUCUUGCGUGUCGCUACAGUAAAUUCCAGGUAUUAAAUGUAAAAACCAGGUAAGCGCCUUUUUGAUGAAUCACAUUCAUUGUUUCACAAAACUUCGUAAUAGACAAGAUAGCUUUUAGGCUCGGUUUCCACUGACGCGGAGAUGUGCGGAUUUGACCAAUCACAGCGUUCGAGAGAGCGAAAAACGAAGACGCUCUGUCACUCUCUCCCUCACGGUGAUUGGUUGAUUCCUACACACCUACACACCUCCGCUCCUCUCCGCACAACUCCGCGUCAAUGGAAACGCAGCCUUAAUCUACCUAGAACAAUAAUUCUCAAGCUUUUUUUAUUGCGAUUUUUCAUAAAGGAGCUUACUCGUAAAACUUGUAAGUAGUUCCUAAUAGUGUUGCCCGAUAAUCGACUGCUUAUCGAUUACUAACCGAUUAUUUUCUAAGACCCUUAUCGAUAGUACUAUAUCCAAUUAGUAAAUUCAACAAUAACAUCGAUUAUAAUCUAGCGAUUAUGAUAGUAUUGUUCACCCAUAUCUUAACCAAUACCUCGAUAUAAUCGAUUAUUGCAAUAUAAUCGAUAAUGUAAGUAUCGAUAUAAUCGAUUAUAUCUAACAAUUAUAAGAUUAUAAAUCGAUUUAAUUAUUGAAUUUUCAAUAACAAUAGCAUCGAUAUUUAAAUUAUUUAGGAGGUCCAUAAUCGAUAAUAGAUUAUUCGGCAACACUAGCCCCUAUCAGGGCGGGCAGACACCAGUUGAAGAAACAUGAGAAAUUUACUAUUUGAUGAAGUCCUUAGAAGGAUAUUUGGCGGCGAGGGUCUGCUGCCGCCAAAUAAUGUAUUCGUGAUACCAAACAGAGCACAAGUUGGUAGUGUGACUAGGGAUCGACGACCCGACGGUGUCAUGUUGGCAGUUGUAUAUAUGCGUCGCGCUGUGUAAACUUCGAUAGCGCGUUUCAGGACUGCAUUAUUGAAUGUAGCGCCAUCUGUUGCAUGUAGGCGGAACUAGCUGGCCAACUAGUUGGCAUUGGUUGGUUGGUGAAAGAUGAUCCGCCUGCAACGGCAUACAAUAACAUAAAUAGCCUCUACAAGGUGUUAUGGACACCUUAACGAAUUCUGACAUAUUGCCCCCAAUUUAUAUGGGGGGGAGCGAUGACCUAAUACAGGUUUCCACCUAGUACAGCCAUCGGCCCUCUACAAAGAGAUGCUGUAGUCUUAACUGUAAGUCAAUUGUUAUUGUAUUUGUUUUUAUGUGGAUUCUAAUAAAUUUAAGUUUUUUUGCGACGGAAAAUCCCAUUUGAUAUUAACUCAGAAUCAUGGUCUGAAUCAAAGUCAUCAAAGUUCCCGUUACGAUAUCGCUACAAACCUAUAUACCACUCUAUAUGACACUGGGGUCUGUGUGUGUAAAAGCAUGGAACGGAAAAUAAUUUAUAUAAAACACUAAAAUUGACAUAAAUUUUACGACAGGAAAAUUCACUUGAUAUCAACUCAGAAUCAUGGUCUGAAUCAUCCCCCUUAGUAUUCGUUACGAUGUCACUAACACCCUGUAUAUAAAGUGGAGCUCUCUCGUGAUUUUUACUUAGUAAUUUAAUAUAAUAUUAUACAAAAAAUGGUAAGCAAAAGGUAAAGGUAUGUUUAGAUUUGUAAAUUUUAGUUAAAAAAAGUUGUCGAGUAAGAACCCGCUAUAACAUUUUUUAAAAGCCAUAAAAAUUGUAAUUUAAUUAAAAAAUACGUAACAAGAAAAUUAUGUUAUUUAAUAAAAUAUAAGUAUGUAAUUUAAUUUUAUUAUAAUUAAAAUCCGAGAGUCUACAGGGCCGAGACAUAUUUCCAUAGAAAUGACAUAUAAAAAAGUAAAAACGUUUAAUUUAGUCAUACCACAACACACAUAAAUAUACAUUUACAACUUAACGACAUUGGCCCCGAUUCCUGCAGACACCUAAUUUUAUUUUAAGCUAUACCCGUCAUUUUCUUAUCCGCCGAAAAGGAAAGGGACGGAUGAUUGACAACUGUUAAUUUUAAAAUGAAUGAAUAACCCGGGCGAAUAAAAUAGGCAUCUCUCUGAUUUGCAACUCGUUCCACGUGUGCUGUCUACUUAAUUCUGUCGGAUUAUUGACCAAUAUAAAAUUUUGGGAGGGUUUUUUAAAUGUUGACAAAUUGACGUGUGUUCCAUAAACUUUAUGACUGUCGAUUACCCAUCCCUUUCCUUUUCGGCGAAUAAGAAAAUGACAGGUGUAACUUAAAAUAAAAUUAGAUGGUAUACUACAAACCUGGUAACGUGAGGUACAAGUGAUAGCAAUAAUUCUCACUGUCUACCACGCUGUGGAUAAUAGCAUGAAUUUAUGAUAGGUACCUUUCGGCGUAUAUUUGACCCUAUAUAAUGCUAAAGUUGUUUUUAUAUUUUUAUUAUAUGUAUUUAGAAAAACAUCGUGAGGAAACCACAUUCCCGAAAAAUGCGUUUCGGAGUGUGACCUAACCUGUAUUGGGCUGGUUUUCCCUUCGCGGGUUGGAAGGUCAGACAGGCAGUCGCUUCUGUAAAAAACCGGACCUGUCAAAAUUGACAAAUUUUCAGGUUAGUACUGUUGUAAAAUAUAGUAGUGUAUAUUAUUAAAUAAUAUAAUUUAAUUAA